CACAUUUAAAGCAAAGCAGCACCAUUGACUCUACACAGCAUGAUGAUGAAGCGAGUGCUGCUAUUGUUUGGAUUGGUGGCCCUAGCCACUUCAUAUACUAUACCUGUUUCCUCUGAGAUACAUGAGGUGUAUAAGAAUGGUGAGGAUGAGAACCCAAUCCUAAACCUGGGAUCAGAUGCCAACUUGUUUGAAGGAGACAUUUAUGUUCCACAAGGAAAGAAUGCCAUGAUUGACAAAAGAUACAGAUGGAAAUUUCCAAUUCCUUACAUUCUGGGUGAUGAUUUGGAUUUGAAUGCCAAGGGCUGCGUCCACCAGGCUUUUGAAAUGUAUCGGCUCAAGUCUUGUGUUGACUUCAAGCCUUAUGAGGGAGAGAAGACAUUCAUCAAGUUUGAAAAGAGAGGAGGAUGUUUCUCCAGUGUUGGUGACCAGCAGAUUGGCCAGAUUCUGUCUUUGGGCACAGGCUGUGACCACAAGGCAGUGAUUGAACAUGAGCUACUCCACGCUCUGGGGUUUUAUCAUGAACAGUCCCGAACAGACAGGGAUGACUAUGUUGACAUCUGGCUGGAUCAGGUUAUACCAGGACUUGAACACAACUUCAACAAAUACAACGAUGACUACGUCACCGAUCAAAACACGGCAUACGACUACGAGUCUGUGAUGCAUUACAGGCCCUUCUCCUUCAAUAAGAAUGACUCCAUCCCCACUAUCACCACCAAGAUUCCAGAGUUCUACAACAUCAUUGGUCAGUACCUCGACUUCAGCGAGAUGGAUACCCUAAGGCUGAACCGGAUGUAUAACUGCUCUGGUCCUCUCACCCUGCUAGACCAGUGUGCCUUUGAGUAUGCCAGCAUCUGCGGGAUGAUCCAGGCCUCCACUGAUGGUGCCGACUGGGUCCAUACCAAGAGCAGUGUGGGUGCUGAGGAUCACACACUUCUGGGAAAAUGCAGAGAUGCUGGCUACUUCAUGCACUUUAGCACCAUGACUGGGAAGCCUCAGGAGUCUGCACUCCUGGAAUCCCGAACCCUCUAUCCCAAGAGGAAGCUUCAGUGUCUGCAGUUCUUCUACAAGAUGACGGGAAGCUCCAAGGACAGGCUGGUGAUCUGGGUUAAGAUGGAUGAUGGCACAGGCACCAUUCGUAGAAUGAAGAAAAUACACACCUUUUAUGCUGAUUCUGACCACACAUGGAAGAUCGCCCAUGUCCCAAUGGAAGUAGGAGUAAAAUUCCGUUAUGCUUUCCAAGCUGUGCCCGGUGAUCCCUCUGCAUCUGCUGGUGGCAUCUUCAUCGACGACAUCAGCCUAACGGAGACACGCUGCCCCAACGGCGUGUGGAGGAUCCAGAACUUCUCCACGAUCAUGGAAACGGCUGACCGUGACACAUUCAUUGACAGCCCUCGUUUCUACAGCCCUGAAGGCUACGGUUACGGUGUCCGUAUCUGGCCACUGUCGACUUAUGCUGAUUACACUGGGAACUACACAGGGCUGUAUUUCUUCCUGGCCAGCGGGGCAAAUGAUGUGGUGAUGCAGUGGCCAGCAGUAAACAGACAGGCCACCUUGGUUGUGAUGGACCAAGACCCAGACAUUAAGCUGAGGAUGUCCACCGCUCGCAGCCUCACAACUGAUAUGAGGAAGACCCCAGAUGGAAAGUUCUUUUGGGACAAUCCCGCCAAAGUGGGGACAUAUGACCCUUCCUGUGAUUGCUACAAAAGUGAAUCAUGGGGCUGGCGGAAUUUUGUCAAGCACUUUGACCUCAGGCGGCGCAAUUAUCUCAAGAACGAUGACCUCAUCAUCUUCAUCGACUUUGAGGAUAUAACAUCACUAAUCAACACAGAAGUGCCCAUUAAACCAAAGGAGUGAGGUCACACAAGAUUUUAUAUCAUGAUUAACAGCAGAUGCAACAUACGCAGCUGAGAUGAGAAGAACUACCACUGGAGAUGAAGAAAGGAUGCCAUGACACAUUAUCAGAAUCAUUUAAAAAACAUAAACUUUAAAAAUUUAAAGAUAUCUAAAUAUAAAAAAGUUGAAUACUGUAUAUGCAUGCUUUUGGACAGUGUCAUCAUUUUUGAACAGCAACUUUCUUUCUCACUGAACCACUGUCUUAAUAAAAGUUAUUAAAUUCUGCCAUUAAAGAAGAA